AUGGGCCUCCCGAGCCAGCAGCAGCUGCGGCACGCCAAAAGCGUGGCUGGCCCCCGGGGCAGGCAUGGCCGCAUCGUGCGCGCCAAGAAGCUGAAGAACGAGAUGCAGCGCGAGCGAAGGCAGGCCAAGAAGGCGGCCGCCGACGCCGAGGUCCGCGGCCGCGGGGAGGCGAAGGACGCGGCCGUGGAGCCGCCGGCCGGCGCCGCGGAUGCCCCCAUGAGGAAGGCGAUCAAGGGCAGCGUCUCGCCGUGGGGGAAGCCCUGCCCCGCCAGGCGCCCGGGCGGCCGCGGCGAAGGUGCCGAAGGCCGUGCAGAUGUCCAAGCGGGGCGGCCGCCGGCGCAAAGCCACCUGGCGCAGCCACGGCAAAGCGUGAGACGCUCGUGCCCGAGCCCACCAGCGCCAUUGCGCCGAGGCCACCACCAGCGUCGCCGACGCAGGCCGCGAGAGCUGGUAGAACCUGCAGGGGUGACGGCCCGUGGAUGUUGCGGCCGUGCGGCAGACAAGUUCUCUCCGCUGACCCCAGCGCCACUUGAUAGUCGGUUGAUGCCAUGA